AUGGCUCCUUGUGUCCUGAAUAAAGAGCUCCAAAUGGCUCCUUGUGUCCUGAAUAAAGAGCUCCAAGUGGCUCAUUGUGCCCUGACUAAAGAACUCCAAAUGGCUCCUUGUGUCCUGAAUAAAGAGCUCCAAAUGGCUCCUUGUGUCCUGAAUAAAGAGCUCCAAAUUGCUCCAUGUGUCCUGAAGACAGAACUCCAAGUGGCUCCUUGUGCCCUGAAUAAAGAGCUCCAAAUGGCUCCUUGUGUCCUGAAUAAAGAGCUCCAAAUGGCUCCUUGUGCGCUGAAUAAAGAGCUCCAAAUGGCUCCUUGUGUCCUGAAUAAAGAGCUCCAAGUGGCUCCUUGUGUCCUGAAUAAACACACUUACGUCCUGGGUAAAGGUUGUCCAAAUUCCACCCCUGACAAAUUCUACAUUGGAUACAUUCACUUAAAAACAUGCCUGAAAUGUCCAUAUUCACAUAACAACAUCAUUCUGCAUUGUACACAUUCACUGAGCACCAUAGGUCUGCAUUGUACACAUUCACUGAGCACCAUAAGUCUGCAUUGUACACAUUCACUGAGCAUCAUAGGUCUGCAUUGUACACAUUCACUGAGCACCAUAGGUCUGCAUUGUACACAUUCCAAUAACACCAUAGGUCUGUAUUGUACAUAUUCCAAUAACAUCAUAGGUCUGUAUUGUACAUAUUUUCAUAACAACAUAUGUCUACAUUGUACACAUUCACAUAACAACAUAGGUCUACAUUUUACACAUUCACAUAGCAACAUAGGUCUACAUUGUACACAUUCACAUAGCAACAUAGGUCUACAUUGUACACAUUCACAUAGCAACAUAGGUCUACAUUGUACACAUUCACAUAUCAACUUUCAUGUGCAUUCUACACAUUCACAUAGCAACAUAGGUCUGCAUUGUACACAUUCACAUAGCAACAUAGGUCUACAUUGUACACAUUCACAUAGCAACAGAGGUCUGCAUUGCACACAUUCACAUAGCAACAUAGGUCUACAUUCUACACAUUUACCUGGCAACAUAGGUCUACAAUGUACACAUUCACUUAGCAACAUAGGUCUACAUUCUACACAUUCACCUAGCAACAUAGGUCUACAUUCUACACAUUCACCUAGCAACAUAGGUCUACAUUCUACAAAUUCACCUAGCAACAUACAUGUGCAUUGUACACAUUCAAUUAAGAUCAUAUAUCUGCAUUGUUCACAUUCAUCUGGUAUUUUGAGUCAGCACCAUUCAAGCUGGAUAGGUUUAUAUAUAACCGAUUUCAGCUACAGUAGUAGUCCUACCACAUCACGACUACGUAAGUGAUAGUUGAAUGAAAAUACCUUCUGUCAUUUAGAAUCUGGUAUGAUGAAGAGGAACACUUGUUAUGGACAGACAGCUUCUUUAUUGCAACAGAUGCGAUGUUUCACUGUCGAGGCUAACAUGGUGGUAAACAGAUGUGUUUUGAAUUUGUUGCCAUGUUUUCAUUUAAGAACAAAAACCCAUGAAUACAGUUAUGAAAUGUUUAGAUCAUGCAUUAUAUAUCAUAGUUUGUUUGGGACAUUCCAGCUAGACGAUCUAUUUAAUUGCGUCUGGAUCAGAUGAGCAGAUGAUUAACAUCAGAGAUCAGCUCCC